AUGGGGGACGACAAUGCAGCCCCAAAGCCGAAACCAACAAAUCGCCCUGAUAAUACAACGGCUAGGCGCACUCGAAUGCUACGUAAGAUCAAGAUUGAAGAUGAACAUCUCAAAAAGAUGGCUGAUGAAAUUAUGGCCGAAAAACGACGACUCACUUUCAAACGGGAACAUAUUGCCAAUUUGUUAUGUGAGAAAGAGAGGGCAGAAGCGAGUGGAGUGUAG